UACCAAGGCCUUGGGUUGGUUUCCUAAGCGGAAGCUAGUGCAGUGUGUGUUUUUCCCAGGGUACUCAGCGCUGCUGUCAUGGCGGCCUCCUUGGUCCGAUAUCCGCACAUGGGUUUCUACGGUCGUGGGUGUAUUCACAGCAACUGUUGCCACUAGACUUUGGUGUCUUUGGACCCUCCUCCUUCCACUUUCUUUUGCUGACUCUGGUGUGACCCUUUUGGGAACCUGUUUUGGCUGAGGGUUCGGGAUGAUGUGGACCCCGGAGCUGGCAAUUUUGAGGGGCUUCCCCACUGAGGCUGAGCGGCAGCAAUGGAAGCAGGACGGAGUCGCCGGCUCAGAGAGCGGAUCUUUCCUACAAUUGCUGUUAGAAGGGAACUAUGAGGCCAUAUUCUUAAAUUCAUUGACUCAAAAUAUUUUUAAUUCAACGACGAUGACCGAAGAAAAGAUCGACAGCUACCUAGAGAAGCAGAUAUUAACAUUCCUGGAUUACUCAACAGAUUUGGACAAAACCGAAAGACAACAGCUGAUAUUCCUAAUUGGCGUGAGCAGUUUGCAGCUUUUCGUUCAGAGUAACUGGACGGGGCCUGGUGUUGAUUUACACCCUCAGGAUUUUUUGCCAUCUGUUUUGCUCCAGCAAUUCAGUGAGGUCAAGGAACUGGAUGCAGUUGUACUGAGUAUGCUCAUUCAAGAUGGUGAAUCAAUCUACAGCCUGACCUUGAAGCCUAUACUGCUAUUAUUAGCACGAAUUAUCCUAGCAAAUGUCAAGCAUAAACUGACAGCUAUUCAGAGCUUGCCAUGGUGGACUUUGAGAUGUGUGAAUAUUCAUCAACAGCUGCUUGAAGAACGCUCACCACAGCUUUUUGCUCUUGCGGAAGAUUGUAUCAAUCAAGUGAUGAAGCUAGAGAAUCUGUUUGUAGCUGACUCAGGUCGCUGUUUCGCUAUUCAAUUCCAUCUGGAAUGUGCAUAUACAUAUUUAUAUUAUUAUGAUUAUAAAAAAGCAAAAGAUCAGUUCAGUAUUGCCAAAGACAUCAGCAAAUUGCAAAUUGAUUUGGCAGGUGCUUUGGGAAAAAGGACACGGUUUCAGGAAAAUUAUGUGGCACAGCUUAUUCUAGAUGUAAAACGGAAAGGGGAUGUUUUUUCAAAUUGUGAAUUCAGUCCAGCCCCAACUCCUCAGGAACAUUUAAUCAAGAAUCUUGAGCUCAAUGAUGAUACUGUUCUAAAUGAGAUAAAGUUAGCAGAUAGUGAACGGUUUCAGAUGCCCGACCUGUGUGCUGAAGAGCUUGCUGUUAUCCUUGGAAUCUGCACAAAUUUCCAAAAGAGUAACCCGGUGCAUAAAUUAACUGCAGAGGAGCUGCUGGCAUUUAUAUCGUGUUUGCUUUCACAACCAAAGUUCUGGGCCAUUCAGAUAUCAGCCUUGAUCCUCCGGACAAAACUUGAGAGAGGAAGCACACGCCGAGUAGAACGGGCAAUGAGGCAGACACAGGCUCUUGCAGACCAAUUUGAAGAUAAGACUACAUCUGUACUGGAACGUCUGAAGAUAUUUUAUUGCUGUCAAGUACCACCUCAUUGGGCCAUUCAGCGGCAACUUGCAAGUUUACUCUUUGAGUUGGGAUGCACCAAUUCAGCCCUUCAGAUAUUUGAGAAGCUGGAAAUGUGGGAAGAUGUUGUCAUUUGUUAUGAAAGAGCCGGGCAGCAUGGGAAGGCAGAAGAAAUCCUUAGGCAAGAGCUGGAGAAGAAAGAAACUCCAAGUUUGUACUGCUUGCUCGGAGAUGUCCUCCGAGACCACUCUCACUAUGACAAGGCCUGGGAGUUGUCCCAGCACCGCAGCGCACGUGCCCAGCGCUCCAAAGGCCUCCUCCACCUGCGACACAAGGAGUUUAAAGAAUGCGUGGAGUGCUUUGAACGCUCGGUGAAGAUUAAUCCCAUGCAGCUCGGGGUGUGGUUUUCUCUCGGCUGUGCCUAUUUGGCCUUGGAAGACUAUGGAGGUUCAGCGAAGGCAUUUCAGCGUUGUGUGACUCUAGAACCCGAUAAUGCUGAAGCUUGGAACAAUUUAUCAACUUCCUACAUCCGAUUAAAACAAAAAGUAAAAGCUUUUAGAACUUUACAAGAAGCCCUCAAGUGCAACUAUGAACACUGGCAGAUAUGGGAAAACUACAUUCUGACUAGCACUGAUGUUGGGGAAUUUUCAGAGGCCAUUAAAGCUUAUCACCGGCUCUUGGACUUACGAGACAAAUACAAAGAUGUUCAGGUUCUUAGAAUCCUUGUGAGAGCAGUGAUCGAUGGGAUGACUGAUCGAAGUGGAGAUGUUGCAACCGGCCUCAAAGGAAGAUUGCAGGAGUUGUUUGGCCGAGUAACUUCUAGAGUGACUAAUGACGGAGAAAUCUGGAGGCUGUAUGCCCAGGUAUAUGGGGACGGGCAGAGUGAAAAGCCCGAUGAGAAUGAAAGGGCGUUCCAGUAUCUCUCCAAGGCAUACAAGUGUGAUACACAGUCCAGUUGUUGGGAGAAAGAUAUUACAUCAUUUAAGGAAGUGGUUCAGCGAGCUGUAAGACUUGCACAUGUGGCUAUGAAAUGCAGUAAAAACAAAUCUAAGCCCCAAGAAGCUGUUCAGGUGCUUUCUUCAGUUCGACUCAAUCUACAGGGCUUGUUAUCUAAAGCAAAGCAACUAUUUACAGAUGUGACAAGUGGAGAAAUUUCUAGGGAGUUAGCUGAUGAAAUGGCAGCUAUGGAAGCCUUAGUAAUAGAGCUCCAAGACCUGAGCAACCAAUUUCGAAAUCAGUAUUGACCGUCCUGGGAGCAGUUUCUGGAAAAGGUGCUCUCGCCUUCUGGAAUUUCUCUGUACCUGUGUAUCAGAAACACUCGAUACUGAUUUUUUAAAAUAAAUUUUUCUUUAAUGGC